AUGACACAACCGAAUGGAAACGCGUUUUCCCAAUGGGAUGGAAUGAACGGGAUGGAGACGCAGUUCUCUCAAUUUACCAUGAAUGCGCAAGAACACGGAAUCGAGAACCAGCCCUCCCAACCAGCUAUAAUUGCGCAAGAACCUUUAGAGUACAUGCCCACCCAAACCAUCUCCGAUGCCACUUUAGCCCAGAACUGGAUUCGAAUUUUCGAGUAUCAUCAUCCCACUCAGAUGCAUGUGUUAACGCCGUACCGUGAGUCCGACCAACGGGUCGCCAUCUUUAUCCGCGGCUGGUUCGCCUUCGCAGAACUCGAUGAUUUCCUGCGUCUCGAUGCUAUUGUUAGUGACCCAAACAUGGGAGAGUUCCAAAACUCUCUGCUCAAGGAUAAUUCUUCUGCAGCUCAGCCAAGCAUCAAGAUUAAGUACCCCGACAAGACCUAUACAUCAUUCGACGAUUGGUAUUCUGACUCAGAGAAGCCCGAAGGCUGGAUGUUCGAUGAGGAGACACAUCGGCUGGUCGGUUAUACGUAUUGGCUUUCAACCCACAAUGCGAGCACGCAGGCCGUUGAACAAGAUAUGCAUGAGGCGGACCUCUCAUCUCAACUUGAGCACAUGCAUAUCGAGGACGUGAAUUUAGAACUAGGUGUUGAGGGGAAGGCGAAUCCUUAUUGGUUUGUAUGA